CUGGAGAGGAUCCAGAGGGAGAGAAAGGCAGUGUCUACCUACGUACCCCAGACACUGUCACUGGAGGAACCAGGGUUCGAUUACUUUGAGCAUUUCUGUCUCACCAUUGCCGACUCUGCCAAGGAGAUCUGGAUCUUAGAGUGCAGUUACGAAGACUUUGCGGCCGAGUACAGCUUCCUCUGUGGUCACGUAGACUUCAUGACGAUGGAACCACUCCCCCACCGAAUAACGAAACACAUCUUUCUCGGGAGUCGAGUCAUUCCACUAACACACACGGCCCUCUGCGUGAGACUUGGCAUCACUCACAUGAUAGUCUCCCGCCACCAACCAAUAGACUGGGAAGAACUGAAAGACAUAUCAGUACUGACUUGUGACGUGAGGGAUUCUAAUACACAAGCCAUGAUGGAGUGCUGGAUGGCAUGUGUUAGGUUUAUCAGUGAGAUCGAAUCAAGUGGAAGAGGAGGAAGAGUGCUGGUGAUGUUGUUU